UUUCUUCUUUUAUCUUUUCUUCUACGUCACUUACGCAAUUCCGGGAAAGGAGAGUUGAAAUAACAUAUUUUUAUGGCGAUUGCUCCCCUUUCCCUGCACCACUUUUGCUCGUUCGUUGCUUUUAGGACUGUUGCUAAAGUUACGGGAAGCUAGUUUAACAGUUGUGUUAGCGUCGGAACUUUUAGUCGCAUUUCUGCCUCGCUCUCAUGUGACGAGCUCCCUUCCGCGGUACAUUGGUUUUUGUUACUAUAUUAUUACACCGUUCGGGUUGUUUUAAGGUGGAAUUAUGGCCACUGCUACGCCGUCUUCGCUCCAGCUGCAAGCGACAGAUGUGAUUCGAAAAGAACACCUGGACGAAGGAGGUUUUGGAGAGGUGUACCUGUGUUACCACGUCCGCCUCGGUCCUGUGGUGAUGAAGACCAUGUAUACGGGCAAACUUCGAAAUGAGGAUAGUAAGCGCUCUCUGCUGGAGGAAGGUAAUAUCAUGGCGAGCCUGAACCACCAACGGGUGGUCAAGUUGCUGGGCGUUAUCAUGGAGGACCGAGGCUGCUCUUUGGUCAUGGAGUUGAUGCCCAGGGGCAACCUUCUGGCCAUGCUGGAGACGGUGACUGUGCCAAUAUCCAUCAAGGGGAGAAUUAUUUUAGAAAUCUUGGAAGGGAUGGUUUACCUCACCGAGAAGAAAGUCAUACAUAAGGACAUCAAACCGGACAACAUUUUAAUUGACAAAGAUUUUCACAUCAAGAUCGCCGACCUUGGCCUUGCCGCCUGCAAGACGUGGAGAAAACUCACCAAGGAGGAAUCCCAGAAGAGGAGUCACCUGGGCCUGUCAGACAGGACGAGGGCUGCCGGCACGCUAAGCUACAUGGCGCCCGAGCACUUGGAGAGCGUCCACGCCGUCUCCACCGAGAAGUCCGACGUCUAUAGCUUUGCUAUUGUCGUCUGGGUCAUCGUCACAGGCAAAGAGCCGUAUGCAAAUGCCAGGAAUGAAGAUCAAAUCAGUCAGUGCGUCCGCAAUGGCAACCGCCCAGCGAUGGACCUCAUCCCCGACCAAACGCCGGAAGAGAUCUCAAACCUCAUGGUGAGGUGUUGGGUACACAAUCCGCUGCAAAGACCGACAUUUCUCGAGGCCUACCACCGCUUUUGUCCCUUCUACGAGACCAAUCUCGCACCACAUGUGGACAAAGAUUUAGUUCAUCUACAGGCUCUGUACGAAGGCCCGGAUCAGCUUGUGGAAAAGAUGAAGUCUUUAGUGAUAACCGAUGAAUGUAUCUCCAUGGACGGUCCAGCUUUUCUGAAGAGCACAGACAAAAGCGUCAAUGGGCCGGUCGAAGACAGUAUUGAGGACAGUGAUGCCCUUGAAUGUGAGACCAAUGUAGCGUCUCUGGCAGCCACCAGUGAACCAGACCCAGAAGGCUCUUUAGAGGAAAAACUGCAACAGGAGUUAAACUACCACAUACACGGCAGCUACAACCGAGACAGCACGUCUGACUUUGUCACUAAACCGCACCGGAGAAGCUUCCCAGAUAGUCUGUCUAGUUUUACAAAUAACACUCUUAGACCACCAGAGCGCGACACACCGUCCUCCGUCCAGUCCUGGACAAAAGCGGAACCUGUGCAGCCUAGUAGCCAAGACUGCACUGGGUAUUCCUGCCUCCGAGAGUCGAUGACCACUUCCACGGCAAAGUCAUCCCUCAUCCAUACGUCUGCUAGCAACAAUUCCUUGCCACCUUUCAAUCAGCAACAUCCGGAUUCCCGCUAUCACCGCCUGCAGUCCUGGCCUACGUCCUCAGUGCCUGAAACGUCAUGGGGUGCUAGCAACUACGGUGCAGCCCAAGAGUCCGGGUCGCUUCACAUCAGUCAUGCAAGGGGGAUCCAGAUCGGUAACAACAACAGCCUCAAUAUCCACUACGGCAACUCAAACGUUUCUUCAUUUCAUCCUGGUCACAUCUGGACCAGUUCUCAGCUCAAAGAAGGAAUUCAGAAAUAUGAGGACCGCGCUGUGACCGAAGAGCACCUUGACGUACUGAGGAAAAACAUCGGCGCCAACUGGAAGUUUUGCGCACGGCAUCUGGGUUUGAGCGAGGUGGAAAUAGAGACCAUCGAGCACGACUUCCACUCGGACGGCCUGUCAGAGAUGGUGCACCAGACACUGCAACACUGGAAACGGACCGGAGGGAGUCUCGGCUGUAAAAUUGGGAAGCUUUGCCACGCUCUCGAAGGCACCGUAGAAGCUAGCGUGAUUCAGAAAAUAUUGCACAUUUGCGCUUCUACUCCCAAUAUCUAAUGAACUUCUUUUUUUUGUAGUUCUUCUCAGAUUUGACAAAGUCUCUUGUAGGAAGUCAAAAUGAAAUAUUCUCUUGUAAUAAUAAUAAAUCAGCCCAAGAUAAAUCAUUUUAAAACUUUACCCAGCGUGAACGUGACAUGUCUGAUUUGAUUGGAGGCUCGAAGUGACAUUUUAUCAAGAACUUUGAAGGAGCUGGGAAAAGAGUUGAUGAAUGUAUUUUUUUUUUUUUAAUCACAAAAACAUGCAUUGAAGCAGGUACUGUAUAUGUAGACUUUUUAAAUCAAAUUUGUAAAGGUUUAAAUUCAUCUCACAACAUUUUAUUGCUCUGUACUUACUGUUUUAAAUAUUUGAGACUUUUUUUCACGCUAUAAUUCCACAAUCAAUUUCUAUGCUGUUUUUCCCAAUUUCUCAAUUAAAUCAAUAAAAUGGGCGCCUGCGCUCUCUCAAAGUGAA